ACACUGCCCUGCAGGCCGCCCUCCCCGCGAGCCUGCAGGUCCCACGGACCCUCGCAAGGGCAAGCGGGCGGCGGCGGGGCGGCGGGACGGUCCUCGAAGGGCGCCCCCCGCGCCGACGCCACCUUCCAAGGCCCCCGACAUGGCCCGUGGCGGCGGUCAGAACUGGAGCUCCGGGGAGUCGGACGGGCAGCCCGAGGAGCAGGCGCCCGAGGAGGCCGGAGACAAGAUGGUGAAGGAGACCCAGUAUUAUGACAUCCUGGGGGUGAAGCCCAGCGCCUCCCCGGAGGAGAUCAAGAAGGCCUACCGCAAGCUGGCGCUCAAGUACCACCCGGACAAGAACCCGGAUGAGGGCGAGAAGUUUAAACUCAUAUCCCAGGCAUAUGAAGUGCUUUCAGAUCCCAAGAAAAGGGACAUUUAUGACCAGGGCGGAGAACAGGCAAUUAAAGAAGGAGGCUCAGGCGGCCCCAGCUUCUCUUCACCCAUGGACAUCUUUGACAUGUUCUUUGGUGGUGGAGGACGGAUGGCUAGAGAGAGAAGAGGCAAGAAUGUUGUACAUCAGUUGUCUGUAACUCUUGAAGACUUAUAUAAUGGAGUCACAAAGAAAUUGGCCCUCCAGAAAAAUGUAAUUUGUGAGAAAUGUGAAGGCAUCGGCGGCAAGAAGGGGUCAGUGGAGAAGUGCCCGCUGUGCAAGGGGCGGGGCAUGCAGAUCCACAUCCAGCAGAUCGGGCCGGGCAUGGUGCAGCAGAUCCAGACCAUGUGCGUCGAGUGCAAGGGCCAGGGCGAGCGCAUCAGCCCCAAAGACCGCUGCGAGAGCUGCGGCGGCGCCAAGGUGAUCCGCGAGAAGAAGAUGAUCGAGGUGCAUGUUGAAAAAGGUAUGAAAGAUGGGCAGAAGAUACUGUUUCAUGGAGAAGGAGAUCAGGAGCCUGAGCUGGAGCCUGGUGAUGUCAUAAUUGUGCUUGAUCAGAAGGAUCAUAGUGUCUUUCAGAGACGAGGCCAUGACUUAAUCAUGAAAAUGAAAAUUCAUCUUUCUGAAGCUCUUUGUGGCUUCAAGAAGACGGUAAAAACCCUGGAUGAUCGAAUUCUUGUUAUUACAUCCAAAUCAGGUGAGGUGAUAAAGCACGGGGACCUGAAGUGUGUGCGAAACGAAGGAAUGCCCAUCUACAAAGCACCCCUGGAAAAGGGGACUCUGAUCAUACAAUUCUUAGUCGUCUUUCCCGAAAAGCACUGGCUCUCUCCAGAAAAGCUUCCUCAGCUGGAAGCUCUGCUCCCGCCGCGACAGCAGGUGAGGAUUGCAGAUGACAUGGACCAGGUGGAGCUGCAGGAGUUCCAUCCCAGCGAGCAGAACUGGCGCCAGCACGGGGAGGCCUACGAGGAGGACGACGACGGGCCCCGGGCCGGAGUGCAGUGCCAGACGGCAUGACCGGGCAGGGCCGCGCAGCCUGCCAGACUAGCGCACGAUGAAUGUAAAGUUGGCUCAAUGAAAAUGGCAUCGCUUUAAUGGCCUCGUGUUUGGGGUGUCCUGUGUAUGUGUUCAGCAUUCAGUUGCUGAGUGUCUUUUGGGGUUUUCUUUUGGUUGUAACUUAAGUUAUAGCUUAAUUUAUAUUUAAAUGUUUUAAGUGUAAAUCACCUCCAGUCUGCACAUGGAAUCUGUUCAUUUACACUUCCAAGAUAUGCUUUUGAGACGCCAGUGACCGCACCAACACUUUGUGCUUCUCCUGGCUUUGCAUUUUCGGUUCCACCAAUAAAGCACAGCCCGGUACAGCACCCAGUCCCCUAGCGAACCCCAGGGCACAAAGUGGACAUCCUGGCCCAUCUCUAGGUCUGUGGUUUCUCUGCCCUCCCUCUCUCCCUCCCUUGGCAGAGUUACUAGGGCAUAAUCUCAGGGCUGCUAAUAGGACAUUUCUGAAUCUAGAUUCUAGAUCCUCUUAAAGAAUAAAAGCACAUCUGCAGGUCGGACUUGGCUUCUGCGCCUGGCUAGCACACCCAUGGUUGCAGAGCCGACCUAGUCCCUACCGUUCUGUGCCGUCAGUGGCUGGAAUGGAGGUGUGAUACGAUCGGAUUCGAUCAUCUCUCUUGGAAGUCUUCUGAACCUUCCAAGCCCUGUGGUGAGGAUAAACCAGCGUUAUUUUAAAUGAUACGCUGAUACCACUGUUUGCCUGUGACUCCCGCACCUUGUUCUUUGUGGUUUUUUGACUUUUCUGUUGACAGCCUUUGCAGUGCUCUCCCACCAAAGUGCUUACUUGUAAAGACGAAACCCUCCCGUGCACCCAGCAGCCUCAGUGCAGCAGCAGAAGCCAAGGGAGAAUGCUGGCGGCUUGGCCGUACGGCACAGCCAGCUUCCCUCUGACCAGUGAUCCUGGGUGACUUGAGGAUUUGGAAAGGCAAAAACGCCUCAGUGUUUCCCAGGUUCGGCUUCCUUCCAAAGGAUCGUUCCUCUCAUUGCACAGCCAUAUUACAAAGGGCUUCCUGCUCAAGGCAUGUUUUGGCAAGAAAGGUACUAACCGAGUUCUGCUGUGGACUGCAGUUUGUGUGGACCGCCACUAUAAAUUAUAGCUUGUUUGGAGGGAUAUUACUCAUUAUUUUAUCCCUGGCAGGUAGACUACAAUUUGAACUUAGGGUUACCUCAAACCUUUAGCCAUUACUGCUUAUUUCUUUCCCACAAGU